AUGCACCCGGAGAAGGCCGAUCGCUUCUCGACGGCGUACUGCGAGUCCACCCUCCGAAAACGAAGCCGACCGACUGGUUACGUCCUUGGCGCGGCAUGCAAGCGUUGGAGGGAGAUCGCGCAUUCGACACCGCAUUUAUGGACGACCGUCGUGGUGAGGCUCAAGAAUGGGGAGGUGGAACAAUGUGCACAGUUCACGAGUGAUUGGCUUUCGCGCACCGGCAAGCUUCCCCUCACACUCGACAUUUACCAGCCCGAAGGUACGCAAACCUUCUUCGGGCCUCCACCAGCCUUCGACGCGUCCCCCAUCUUCGCUGCCAUCAAUGCACACUCGAGCCAGUGGGAGACCAUUGUCGCCAACAUCCACUGCGACUUGAUGCAGCUCCUGCGCGGCGACGGAAGUGGUGCCCCCAGGCUACGCACCCUCGACAUUGCGACAAUCGACAAGCGUCCGUCUCAAAACUCCCUUACCCCUCCCCUCGUAUUUUCUUUAUCAGGACCAAUGCCACGUCCAACGCGUGUCAGAUUACACCAAAUCCGACAUCCCUUUGCGGCCGUGACCUGGGACUCGAUCAAACAUUUAGAUAUCCAGGAAGUGUCCAUCACCGAAUGUUACGACAUCCUCCAAAGCGGGACCAACCCCGUCGAGUGCUACAUCGAGGAGAUCGAGAUCACAGACGAAUACGAAGCUCCACCACCACCCCAACAGUUUGUAUUGCCCCACCUCCGAGUGCUCCAUCUGCGAUGGAAUGAUGCACAAGAAGUCCUCCUCAAUGCUCUGACGCUGCCCUCUCUCUCAUCCCUGCGGACGAACGGGCCGCUGAGAGUCCUCCCAUCUCUCAUCACACGUUCGGGGUGCAAGUCGACCUUGACAGAGCUUAUUCUCUCUGAUAAGGAUACUACCGUAUUCGACCUCAUGCACGCCCUCGAGAAUGCGCCGCUCCUCGAACAACUGUCAGUCUCAAGCUUGACGCUCGACGACACGCUCUUCGAGCAGCUCAGCUCAACAACCUUCUUCCACCCCGCCCAGGCAGACGCGGAUGCGCAGGGUGUAUUCCUCCCUCACCUCAUGUCCCUAAGCAUCGUCUCUGAACCGGAGUUGUUCUCUUUCAAGGCAAUAACAUCCAUUUUCAUACCGGAGCGCGAGCCCUGGCAGGAAGGGUGGAAACGCCGCCCGUUGUUCCGCUUCUGGUUGGAGGUGAGCGACUCUGACGAUGGGUACGAACCAUUGGAGUGGAAUAUGCUCGAUCCAUGGCCAAUUGAUCCGCUCAUCAUUGUUCUUUUGAGAGCAAUAAAGGCGAGCGGUGUGGAUUUGCGGAUUUAUGAUGGGAUGGGGUUGGAUUUGUUUGAGUAUGACGAACGGGAUAAUUAG